CCAUUUGAGUUUCAUUUUACCCUCGUUCGGAAAGGAUAGAAAUUAUAGACUUGCAGCUAUUUCUCCCACUCACUUCUGGAGAUUUUUUUCAAUCGUAUGUGCAAUUUCCAUAGAGAAUAUGUUACGACACGAUAGUUUUCUCAAAGCAGUGUUGUUCAGUCGUAGAUUUUGUUCUUCCAGUAUUGAAAAAGGUUAUCCUAUUCCCGAGUCAUUUUUAGUAAAUGCAGCACCACAUCAUAUUCAGAACUUUGAAAAAUAUAAGGAGAUAUAUCACUCUUCUAUAAAAGAACCUGACGUAUUCUGGUCUUCUCAAGCCAAAAAACUUCUUUAUUGGAAAAAGCCUUGGAACAGAGCAUUGGAUUUUAACUUUGACGUCAACAAGGGAAAAAUUUAUGCUGAGUGGUUCAAAGGAGGUCUUACCAACGCUUGCUAUAACGCUUUGGACAGAUGGGUGGAGUCUGGACAAGGUGAUCGAAUAGCCUAUUAUGAAGAACCAAACCUACCCAGUGAUUCAAGUAGAGUAUUCACGUAUUCGUCCCUAUUAGAACAAGUUCAACGCUUAUCCAGUUUUCUCAAGCAAACUUGUCAUAUUCGAAAAGGAGACACCGUAGCAAUUUAUCUUCCAAACAUUCCAGAACUUCCCAUCAGCAUGUUAGCAUCCUGUCGUAUUGGAGCUAUUCAUUCUGUUGUUUUUGCAGGUUUCUCUGCACAAGCACUCGCUGAGAGAAUUAUGGACUGUAAAGCCAGUGUUUUGAUUACUUGUGAUGGUUUCCAAAGAGGAAGUAAAACUGUUCAUUUGAAGCGUGUUGCAGAUGAAGCUUUGGAAAUUGUCAAAAAUGCUGCUAAUCAUCAUCACUUUCAUGUAAAGCAUCAAAUUGUUCUCCAACACUUGAAAAGUGAUAAAAGUGAAUAUUCAAUGCAUCAUCCUAGAGAUAUUUAUUGGCAUGAAGCUUUAUCCUCAAGUUCUCCUCAUUGUCCAGUAGAAUGGGUUGAUGCUGAACAUCCUAUACUGGUAUUGUACACUUCAGGAUCUACCGGCAAACCAAAAGGAGUAGUCCAAGCUACAGCAGGUUAUCAAUUACAUGCGGCAUCUACUUUUUUAUAUUCUAUGAAUUAUCAUUUGGGAGAUGUAUUUUUUGCCAGUGCGGAUUGUGGCUGGAUGUUAGGUCAUAGCUUCAUGGUUUAUGGAUCAUUAGCCAAUGGUGCCACUCAUGUUAUCUAUGCAGGCUUACCAACCUAUCCUGAUCCUGGAAGGACAUGGGCUAUUGUUGAUAAAUAUCAAGUUGAUCAAUUCUUAGGGGCACCCACUCUCAUUCGUUCCUUAUUGAGGGAAGGAAAUGCGCAUGUGAAGAAGUAUUCCCGACAAUCUCUCAAACUACUAUGUACAGCAGGAGAACCUAUCAAUCCUCACGUUUGGAAAUGGUAUUAUGAGACUGUAGGCGAUAGUCGAUGUCCAGUGGUGGAUACUUGGUGGCAAACGGAAACUUCAGGUGUCAUGUUAUUGCCUCCUCCAAUUGAAGGGUUCAUUCAAAAGCCUGGAAGUGCUGGAGUUCCAUUUUUUGGUAUUUUGCCAAAGAUUUUUGCACAAACUGAAAAUGGAAAUAUAGAAGAGUCCAAUCAUGGCACAUUAUGUAUUGCUCGUCCUUGGCCUGGAAUUGUAAGAACAUUAUUGAAUAAUCAUCAACGUUUUGAGGAAACCUAUUUUCACCCUUUUCCUGGUUAUUAUUAUACUGGUGAUGGUUGUAUAAGAGACGAAGAUGGUUGUUAUUGGUUGAGCGGUAGAAUCGAUGAUGUGAUUGGAGUAAGUGGUCGUCGAAUAGGAACAACAGAAGUAGAAUCAGCACUUGUCUCUCAUCCACAUGUAGCUGAAGCUGCAGUUGUUCCCAUUCCUCAUGAAAUAAAAGGCCAAGCUGUCUAUGCUUUUGUGACACUUCGAGCAAAUGUUGAAAGCAGUGAAAAUUUGCAUUUGGAGUUACGGCAAGUAGUACGCGAAAAGAUUGGUGCACAUGCCAUUCCAGAAAUGAUUCAAUGGUCGCCAGCAUUACCCAAAACGAGGAGUGGAAAGAUUGUGAGAAGAAUAUUGAGAAUUAUAGCAGAGAAAGGUCAUACUCUUUCACCAUCCAGAGGAGAACUUGGAGAUAUAUCGACACUAGCAGACCCUCAAGUAAUUGAAGAAUUGAUCCAAAUUAGAGUCUCUCUCAUGAAUAAUAAGAAAGAAGCUGCUUAGAAUACUUUUUCUAAUUCAUCUUUUAGAAAUGAAUGAAUUUGUUUCUCUUAAAAUAAUAAAUAGGUUUGUCCUGACAUUUCCUCCUAAUAAGACUGGUUAUUAGAAUCCUCGUUGAAUAGUUGUUUUUUUGCUUCAUUCUCAAGUUGGCUCCAUAAAGUAAAUAUAAAGUUAUACUGUUCUCU